AUUCCACCGUACUAGGACUUUGUCUCAUGCUGAUUAUUGGUGAUAAUGAAACCAAUCCCUGUCUUCUAUUUCAUUUAUGCUAGUUGGGUAUAAAUAGAGGAACACACAUCUCACUUCUCUAGAGAGGCAAAGAAACAGAAUCUUGGCUUCUUCUGAGGGGGGAAAAAAUAGAACAGCUUCAAAGACAAUGGAGGCUUCUGGGAGGAUUUCUGAAGAGUGGAGUUCUCUUAGUGGAUUAUACACAGCUGAGGAAGCUGAUUUUUUGAAUCAACUUCUUGGUAGCAACUGUUCAGUCCCAGAAGGGCUAGUAUAUGAAAAUUCCACUUUGGAAUUUCCAUAUGCAUUUUGGCCUGGACAAGAAUCAACAGUUGUGAGCGUGGCAGGCAUCAACAACAACACUACAUAUUUUCCUUCCAGUGAUGCUAAUGCUAGCGCUAAUUUUUUCUGUUUCUCACAAGGCAAUAGCUCCAGCACUGAUAGUGGUGUUAACUACCACCCUAAUGAUCCAUUAACCAAUUGUGAUUCUGUGUCUAUGGAUUUUUCUCUGGGUAAUGCCAAACUUGUCCUGUAUAGUGUUCAAAGCAAUGACCAUUUGAGCCAACAGAUAAAUGAAAAUAAUACCGAUGAAGAGUCAGGUCUGGACCCAGUUAAAAGGGUUCUUGCUGCUGAUGACAAGACCUUUCAGGCUAAUCAGGAAUUUGAAGCACUUGUUUGUUCUGAACCAGCUGACAAGGGUACAAGCACCAAUCCGGAGAAGUCAGAGAAAAGGUCUAGGAGCUCAUGCGAGGUGUCGAAGAACAAGAGGAAUGUUAAAUCAAAGAAGAAUGCAAAAUCUGAAUCUAUGCGCAAAAAUGAAGAAGAUGGGAGUUUUCAGAGGCAGAGCUCGAGCAGUUGCUGCUCAGAGGAUGAUUCCAAUGCUUCUCAGGAGCUAAACGUGGGGUCCACUUCAUGUUCAAGUCCUAAAACUUCUGCAUCUCUCAAGUCUAAUGGCAAAUCAAUGUCUGCUAAAAAUCCUGCCACUGAUCCACAGAGCAUAUAUGCAAGAAGAAGAAGAGAAAGAAUAAACGAAAGGCUGAGAAUUCUACAGAACCUUGUCCCCAAUGGAACUAAGGUGGAUAUAAGCACCAUGCUUGAAGAAGCAGUUCAAUAUGUGAAGUUUUUACAGCUUCAAAUAAAGCUUCUGAGCUCUGAUGAUCUGUGGAUGUACGCUCCUAUUGCUUACAAUGGAUUGAACAUUGGACUAGACCUUAACAUCACACCUACCAAGCAAUCAUAGGAAGUGCAUAGGAUAGCAGCAAUUCAGUUACUGAUUCCUACAGAGAAUGGACUAAAGUAAUAAAUUAGAUAAAGUUUCUAAGUAUUCUUGAACUUCGAUAUAUCAAUAAGAAUGGAUUUAUUGAUUCCUUAGGAUAACACUUGGGAGCAGAGAACUACAGCCAAGAAUGGUGUUGGUUCACUAAUCUCAAGUCAUUAGAUUCUUAUGUAUGAUAUUAUAAGACAAAUGAUUUUGAAAUUA